GAUCGCACGGACGGUUGUCGCAAGCACAAUCCUUUUACGACGCGUACAUCGCGAAAAAAAAAAUAUACACGAAAAAAAAUUAAGAAAAUUUUUAUAUAUUUUUUGCGGAUUUUUCGGGAUAAAUACGUAAAUAUUUUUGGGUUAUUCUGGUCGCGGUUGCAGCGGUUUUACAAAAUAUCUUCGGGUCGUGAAAACAUCUGAAAAUCAUCAUCAUGACAAAAGAAGAGAGUUCAAUCCCCAUCCUGAGGAAGUUUGUCAUCGACUGCUUCAUUGCUAUUGGCCUAACACUAGGCAUAUUUGCGACUUCCCUACUCUGGCAGCCGUUUGAACGAGGCUUCUUCUGCGGAGACCAGAGCCUCAUGUACCCUUACAAGCAUGAUACUGUCACGGUACCCAUGCUGAGGCUCGUCGGAUUGGGCCUGCCUAUAUUAGCCUUCCUAGUAUGCGAGUGGGGACUCCUGCGCAAGAUUGACAGCAGUGACCGAUGCUUGGGCGUGCGCAUACCGGCCUGGGUCCAAGGCUUCUACUGUAGCCUGGCUUCUUUCGGCAUCGGGGCUUGCUUCGUGGAGAUUGCUGUGAACUUCUCCAAGAACAUCAUUGGAAGACCGAGACCUCAUUUCUUGGAUGUAUGCCAGCCCUCAAUAGACUGCAAUUCAGCAGAGUGGCAGAACAAGUACAUCCAGUCCACUGACUACACUUGCAACGGCCCACAGACCGACAGGUUUGAGGACAUGCGCAAGAGUUUCCUCAGUGGACACUCCGCUUGGGCGGCUUACUGCAUGAUUUAUUUAGCUCUAUACCUAGAAGGGCGCAUGACGUGGUCGGGUACCCGCACUCUGCGCCACGCUCUACAGUUCGGAGCAUUCCUGCUGAGCUGGUUCACUGCACUAUCCAGGGUCACAGACUUUAAGCAUCAUUGGAGCGAUGUGCUCGCUGGAUACUUCUUGGGAAGCGUAUUUGCUGUUGUUAUGUGGCGGUGGGGCACGGAUGUCGUUCUGAAGAAGAAGAACAGCAGCUCGUUGCCUUUCGAGACGGUCACCAGCCAGGCGGUGCCCACACAGCAUUGAAUAACAGUUUUACUUAACUAAGUUAUAGGCUGUGUCUUCAUGACUUUGUUGCCUUAGAGAACAGCAAGCUGCAAUCUUUUGGCCAAUAUUUGGGCUCACUAAUGUGUACCUAGUAUGAAAAUGAAUACCUAGUAGAUUAUUUCAAAGAUCAGUCUGUAUCAGACCGACUAAAAACACUGGUUGAAAUCAAGAUUUUCUUAAAAAAAAAUUGACAACAAUCGGGUUAGUCAUAAAAGUGGUAUUUGUUUCUGGUAACAAGAAAAGUGUAUAACGAAUUUUACACGACAUAAGAAUAAAUAUAACUAAGUAUAUCUCAUUAACAUUUACAGAAAAAAACGCAUUACUUUUGUUUUUAAAAAUGAUCUUUUUAUGACAAAAUAUUUUUCACGAUUGUUGCAAAUCGUGAAAUCGUAAAAUCUUGUAUGUGAAUGUUAUUGUGUCUGUCUGAAUAUAUUAAAAUGAUGAAAUUCUGAAGAGGAAUAUUAUCAAUUUAACUAAGAUUUCCUCACUACUUUUAUCUUUAAUCUAUUCAGAUAUCGAAUUUAUCCAAUUUGACUUUCCACUGUAAGGCAACAAGCGUGAAGAUAUAGUCAUUAGUUCUGUUAAUAACUUGUUAUUUAAUUUAAGAAGGCUGUGUACUUUACGUUGUAUCAACGUCUAGUUUGUUAGAAAUUGAAUAUUUAAUGUGAUAUAUUAUUAUUUUUAAGUUAAUUGAUGAAUGAUAUUUAAUAAAAUCUCAUAAUUAUA